AUGUCCGCCGAAGGCCGGACACGUCUAGCUGCCACCCUAGUGAAUCCCGCAUGCCACGUCGCCCAGCACCACCGCCGCCGCCGCGGCCCGAGGGAGCCCAGAUCGGGCCCGCCCCGGGCCAGAUCAGGCCCACCGCCGCCCGACGAAGCCCGCUCCGCCGCCGUCGCUCCCGGGUCGCGCCCCGCGCGCCUUACUCCGCCGCCGGCCACCUCGCAGCCCGGCCCCGGCGACCACCGCCGCCCGGCCGCGCCUCUCCCUCCGCCGCCGCGCCCUCCGCCGCCUUGCCCCCGCGCGCCUCUGCCGCCUCCGCCCCUCGCCGGCGCUGCGCCCGCGACCCGCGCCCUCCGCCGCCUCGUCUCCCGCCCGUCGUCGCCGGCCUCUGGCGAGCCGCCGUCGCCGGGCCCGUCCUUGUCCCCGUCCGGAUCUGGAGGUGGACCAGAUCCACCAACGCAUCCAUCCAAACGCGGCCGCGCCCCGGAUCUCCUCGUCCCAGACCCUUCUCGUCCCGGUUCCCGCGAGGUCUAA